GCUCUCUUCUGUGGUCGCUGGUGCGGCCAAGAGUGUGUGCAACAGCUGCACCAGGCCAGUUUCAUGCUGACCAGACCUAACUUUGGUCGGCCACCGGAACGUGCAGGGCUCUGCGAUCCUGAUCUCAUGGGAGAGUCUUUCAGGGCCUUCGAUGACCUGGACCUUUGCUCCACUGUUCCAUGGGCAAGGCCGCCGGAACUACCAUCUCUGCCCUCCGAUGCCAACAUGGAGGAUUGCAAUGGCUGCAACCGGCAAACCACGAGGCCAAGAUUUUGGCAGCCAAAGGAUGCCGACGCGCAAGGCCGGCAGGAAGAGGAUACUGCAGCAUGCGCCACUCUGCAGACUCCAGAGACUUACAUGCAGCCUGAUGUUGAACAUCCUACAUGUCCAUCGCCAUCCUCGACGAGUCAUUACAGCAGCAUAUUGCACAAGCCCGGGACGCGAUCUCCAUCCACAAGUGCGAGAUUUGUGACGUUCACCAUGGAUGAGAGGAAACCGCAGCCAGCUCGUCCCUUCCUCCCUUUGACAUCGAAGGCCAAAGCA